UCUAAAAAUGAAUCUAAUAUUGAAGAUAAAAUAUCAUCUGAAGAUGAAGAUUUUGAAGAUAAAAGUUCAGAUAAUAUGGAUGCUCAAUUGACUACGCAUAAACAAUUUCAAAGUAUAACUCCAAAUAAAAAAAUAAUUUCAAAAGUUGGAAGGACUAUUUACAAUUCUCUUGAACAUUAUUGGCAUGACCUAGAAUAUACUAGAUUAACUGCCAUAUUAUUAGAUCUGCAGUUUAAAUUAUCAAAAACUUGGCAAAGUACAGUUCUAACUGAUGAUUCAGUUAAAGAUACUAAUAUUGGAACACCUUCAUCUACUCCAAACUUUCUAAGAAAAAUAUUUAGCUACAGUCAAAAUCGAAUAAACCAUGAAAUUGAAAUAGAUAAUUACUUAAAUGAAAUGAUUACUCCAUCUCCAUCUGAAAAUCAGAUUACCCCCAAAAGGACCUGCCUAUCACCUGAGACUAUUAAUGAAUUACUAUUUGUCAAGAGAAAUAGCUUAUAUUGUAAUAAGGCUUGGGCCUAA